UACUAUACGCUCAAUCUUACGGUAGCACUCCGUAAGGUCGACUGGUGUCAGCACGUUGAACGUCGGAUUUGAGUUUGUGAAACCAACGGUUGAGAUGUAAGCGCGGAUUGAAGGAAGAAAACUAGUGAAACCGGUUAUGGUAAGGUCGAGCACGUACACGGCCGCUUAAAAGGUUGUUUUACCCUGUCCGUCUGGCUCUCUCUCUCUCCCUAAACUGCUGCAAGCGGCCCUCUCUCCCUCAAUCCGUCACCAAAUGCCCCGUGUAGCCUCUCUCUCUCUCUUCCCUCUUUCUCCGAUGGCGGAUUCGAUGAGCAGCGACGAUGAGCAGGAUUACUAAUCCGAUCGAGACUCCCUCCAAGGAAUCGAAAAUGACGAUGAAGACGAUUGCGAUUGGCCUUCUCCAAACGUGCCCUCUUGUCAGGUUAUCACAAAAGAAUUGCUUUUGGCUGCGCAGAGUCACCGAAUUUUCCAAGAAUCUGUUAGACUUGGCACUUUUAAACUAUUUCAUGGAUUUUGCAGGUUUUCUGGAGCAGAUAGGGAGUGGACUCUCUCAAAGUAAUUCAAACAAAGAAACCCCAAACUUGCAAAAUGCUUUGCCUCUUUCAACACACCAAAGAUCCCAGUUCUGUUGCUUGGUCAUGCAUCAUGACAUGCUCUGUGGUUUGCGCCAUGCAUCAUGCAUGCUUAAACAAGGAGUGGAGCAUAGAGGAUUUAUUUAUUUGUUUUUCAUGUAUUCAGACCAUUGUAAACUUAUUGUUGUAAAUAUAUAUAAUUUUUAUUAUAAAGUUGUACAAUAAAUAUAUAUAAAUCUGUAAGGUAGGGCAUGCUUAAUGUGCAUGUAUAAAUUUUUGCUGCUGUGGUUUUCUUUCAUAAGGAGAUGGAAGGGUGGUUGCUGCUGUGGUUUUCUUUCAUAAGGAGAUGGGAAGGGUGGUUGCUGCUAUGGUUUUCUUUGAGAGGGAAGAGUCCCAAUCAAUCUCUUCUUUAGCUUGGUGUUCCAGUAG